AUGAGCUACUCUCAACGGGGGCAAGACCCUUCUGGCGGCGGGGCCGCAGUAGCAGCAGCAGCGACAGCCGACACCGCAGGAACAGCAGCAGCAGCUGCUACUGCACCUCGUGAAGAGGCCAGCGUAGCAGCAGCAGCAGCAAAAGGUGGAGCACCACCAGACUUCGCUGUAGAUCUCAUUACUACUCUCUACAACGGCAUUCUCGGCGCAGCCGACGACCUCUGCAGCAACAGCAGCAGCAGCAGCAGCAGCAAUGGCUGCAGCAGCAGCAACGCGGAAAUGUGCCGAGCAGGGCUGCAGCAUAUGGCAGCAACAGCAGCAACGCUUGCAGCAGAAAUGCUGCCGCAGGAGCUGUACGACGCCCUGCAGCAACUUGCUGCGCUGUCUUCGCGUCCAGCAGCAGACAGCAGCAGCAACAAUCACAUACCAGGAGAGGCAGAGCAGCAGCAGCAGCAGCAGCAGCAGCAGCAGCCACCGCAUGCCCCUGCGGUGGCCGUCCCCUUUCUUAGCCUAGAGGGCCCUGAUAUAUGCGUGCACUUCCCACCAGACCCAGCAGCAGCAACAGCAGCAGCAGGCGCUGCUCCAGAGACAGAAGAAGGAGCAGCAGGAAAAGCAGCAGAAGGAAGUGCUUCAGACCUGCCAGAGGCUUCUAGUGCCUCCGACGAUCCAAGUGGCCCGCAGCAGCAACAGCAGCAACAGCAGCAACAGCAGCAGCUGGAGCAGCAGCAAGAGCAGCAGCUGCUGCACCUCAAUGAGCAGCAGCUGCGUCUCCUCUGCGCUGCUGUUGCUGUGCUGCACGAUGCGGCAGCAGAAGAGCUCCAGGCAUUUUGGAAUGUCGCGCCCCAUUUGCUGCAGCAGGUGCAGCGAGCUGCUGCAGCAGAUGCAGAUAGCAGCAGCAAGCAGCAGCACAAACCCACAGAUUUGCUGCUCACCACCUGUAAGGAAGGGCCUGCAGCUGAUGCACUGCAGCAGCUGCAGCAACUCGCAGGGGGACGCAGCAACCUGCUGCUUCUGCUAGGUCUGAAGCCAGCAGGAGCAGCAGCAGCGUCAGCAGCAGCAGCAGCAGCAGCAGGAGCAGCAUCAGUAGCAGCAGCAGCACCCGAGAACAGCACAUGUGCAACGAAUUUACCUGAGGAGGCACAAAGUGUGCGCACCGAAGUUGCAGCAACAGAGCAGCCUGCAGCAACAGCAGCAGCAGCAGCGGCCCCUGCUGCUGCCCCUCGCGUUGUGUCGCUAGCAGAAAUAAAAGACCUCUUCCUGCUGCAAGACAUGCAGCAGCAGCAGCGGCGCAACAGCAGUGCUGCCACCGUCUCGGUGGUGUCUGUGGGGUCGAGCAUCCCGAAUUCCCCAGCAGCAGAAGCAGCAGCAGGAGCGGCAGCAGCAGAGAGCUCUGGACCUCCGUCUCCACCUCCAGCAGCAGCAGCAGCUGCUGCUUCCACAGCAGCAGCAAGAGUAGAGGAGAGGAGCGGGCUGCAGCAAGUCGCGCUGCAGCUGCAGCAGCUACAUGCAGCAAUCCGAGAAGAGACGCGGAAGCUGCAAGAGCUCUGUUCUUUCUACGAUAUGUUUGCAGCCCAGUCCCUUGGCAUUGCCGCUGAUACACCUUAG